AUUUAAAUGCUGAAUGUCAAGAUGGCAGCAACAGUAACAAAAACAAUGCACUGUUUUCGCCACUUUCAACUAUAUAAUUUGAACUAUCCAAGGAUUUUAAUCAAGUACGCAAUGGUCUAUUGAAAUAUAUUUUAUCAUAGCUUAUGUUAUAAUGUGUAGGUUAAUUCAAACUCAGGAACAUUAAUUAAUUAAUUGAUACUAGUUGGAUCGAGGUAAUGAGUGAGUAAUGAGAGUAAUGAGUGAGCGAAACAAAGUAGUUAAAGUAGGCCUAAAUUACUAUACUAUGUUACUAUAUUAUAUUAAUGCCAGCCUAUGUAACAUGUAAUAGUAUGGGCAUGGGAAAACUUGAAAAACUUGACGCAACAUAACAAUGAACGGACGUGUUGGAAAUGUUAUGAAGCUUUCUUCAGCGAACAAACACUAUUAAAAAAUUAAAUUAACACUUAGCUGCAAUGUAGUAUCCAAGAGGACAGCAGGUGAGAGAGUUAAGGACAAGCAAAUGGGGUGGAAGAGAGGAAAAGUAAGUCCACUGUGGAGUCAAGGUUCCAUAAUUCUGAAUCAGUUUAUUUCCAAGUUCACCAGGUUUGGCCUGUUUGUUGAUGACACAAUGGCCAUGGUGGCAAAAUGUUUUGAGCCUUUUUGGUCUCUUCUUUGAAGUGUUUUGAGGGGGACACUGCAUAUCUUGUACUUGUACAAUAUUAGGAAGCUUUUCAGUGCAUCUGUUCGAGAGGCGGCGUCCAGUCUCACCUAGAAACCGGCUACCAGAAGUGAGAGGUUGGGAUUAAAAAGCGUUUAAAAUAUUAUUUUUGCGUUUUGAAAUUGCAUCAAAUGACAUAGAAAUAUUGAUACAAGACCCCUAUAAGUAUAUAUUUUUAGAAAGGUAAAUGGAUGGGGAUAACGUGGGACAUAUUGCCUACCCUGUAAACAAAUUUAGCUCAGUGUCCUUGACCUUGGAGUUCUCAAGAAAAAAAAAUCGAAAAAAUGUCUAGCUUUCAAGUGCUCUUAACAUUAGGGGUGUGCCGGAUCCGUUUUUUCCAACCGGAUCUGGAUUUUCUUAUGCGAAAUCCGCCGGAUUCCAGAAUAAUCCGGAUUCCGGAAUAAUCCGGAUUCCAGUUUCUCCCGGAUUUUGGUACUAUUGGUAGAUAUUUCGGUAAGUCAAGGUGGACUACUACUUUUUGUGUAUGGGAAUUCGCAAUCGGCGCCAAAAAAUCCGAGUUUUUAAUUUUCCGAUGUGUGUGUCUAUUUAUUAUUAAAUUAGUACUUUCGAUAUAUAUUUGAGUUCCGUUCCAUUUGGAUAAGUGUCUUACGAGAGACGCCAUGUUUCUACGCGUUCGCAGCAGGUCAUGCAGCUCGCUCAACCUAAUUUCGCCAUGGGGUUGGCCACGCCCCCCUUUUUAAUGGCGGAAGUUGACGAUACUUAGGAAAUAUUAAUUUAUUAUCACUAUUUACAUCAAAAUAAUUGAUAACUUGUGUUUCAGAAUGCAUUUAAAGACAUUUAAACUGGAAUGUUUUAAUUUGAGCUUUAACAACCCGGUAGAAUCCAUAUUAUAAAUGAUCAGAAUUUACCGUGUGCAACACGUUGUCAUUGGCAACCAUUCACAGCCACUUGCAUAACUGUAUCGUAGUACUACCUCAGAGUUUCAUUCAUAAGAGUUUGCCGUGUGCAAAAACUAUUAAACCAUUGGUCAGGGAAAGCUUUAAUUAAUUAUUCAUGUGCCAAAGUUGAAAGUUUAAACUAAGUCUAAACAGUAUUUUAGUGAUAAGGCAGGGAAUGCGUUGCCUUAUAUAAACUAUAUAGUCAUUGCGCAUGACGGGAUUGGUGGAAUGAGAUCACAGAAUGUGGAGAUGCAGUCCAUGUUAAAAAAUGACAAACCAAGUCGUACUUUAAAAAUUCAUAACUUUAAAACUACAACAGCUAAAAAUAUGAUUUUGGUGUUAUAAUUCUUUAAAAAAUUACAUCUUUUCAACUAUGCCAUUGGUUUAUUUUUACAAAAAGUUUAAAUUUUCUUAUCAAAGUCCCUACACUAUUGGCCACUAUUAGCGGUGCUGACUCUAGCCUCUGGUAUGUACGGAAUAUUAAACAUUAAACAAGCUCAACGCUCGAAACAAUCGAUUAAUGUAUCGUGAUCGUGUGGAAUUCGGGAAAGAGAAUUACUUUUAUUUCAGAUUAUGAUCCGGUGAGUCACAAAAUCUGGCAAAUUUCGAAAUCCGGUAUAUUCCGGAAUCCGGUUGUUCCGGAUACAUGUAAAUCCGGCGGAACCGGAUUUCACCGGAUAGUGCAAAAUCCGGCGUAACCGGAUUCCGGACCGGAUUCCGGACCGGAUUCCGGCACACCCCUACUUAACAUCAUUGAUUUUUAUAGAUACACUUAAAACACAAAUCUAAAUGUUGUAGCCAAUUCAUUUAUCUUUAAGAAAAUGUAUAGUUUGCUAAGGUUUUGAUUGCAAUUAAACCCCUGAAAGCAAAUUUUGUAAUUUAAGGUAAUUUAUAAAAGAAACUGGGACCACUGCUAAAACCAAGUACAAAAUACAAAAUCUCAGGCAAAAAGCCAAAAUAGUUAUGUUUGACUAGUAAAUUAGUAAACAUUUAAAAAGGAACUGUGGAACUGAUUUGGCUUGUUUAACUAUACAAUUUAUUAGUUUUGAACUAUAAUCUGUAGCUUCUGUGACUAAAAUUCAGUCAGUCCUUGCCCAACCUCAGGGCCUGGCUCGAAGUUUAACAGUAGCCUCAGUAGGACUACUUCAGUAUCACUAAGACUAGUAUAAAAUUCACCAGAAGAAUAAUCUUAACUGAUAUCGUCAUUGGAAAUGUUAAUAUCAUCAUCAGCAUCACUUAAAACUCUCCUAAAAAGCUUUCAAACAUAUUUCUAUUUCUACUAUUGGUUCUUGCCUUGAAGGCCCAGCCAUGGCUUCAACCAUUUUAGCUUUAAAAAAAACAGCGAUAUAAAACUGUGAUUAAAAAGUAUUUAUUUUCAAGUUAUCACGAAACAGCUUGAACCAGAAGAUGAUUUAAUUAUUAAUAAAAGGAAGUAGCUAUAAUUCCGGUUAAAUAUUGGUUUGGAAGUUGCUAUCGGCCGAAAAAGCCACAGUACAAAACGAAAAUGUCUGCCAUUUUUUUCGGCCGACCACAGUUCAUGGGUUAAAGGUUUUUGUGAUGAAUUUAACCAAUGUAUUGCUUCAAAAAAAAAAGGUAAAUGAAUAUAUAUAUGUAAUUUGCAACUCUCAUUUUUUUUAAAACUUACACACUAACAGUUUUUUUUCAAACUAUAAACAAAAAUGACUCUAAUCAUACCAAGAAACAAUUCUUUUUUAUUCAUUUCAGACAAGCAGUACCAGGAGUCACUUCCAUACAGAAACACAGUCGAGGACUCUCCCAAUGUUCACAAAGUAUACUCUCCCACAGUUCCUUCCAAGGAAAUGGGCAAGGACAUUUACUGAGCAGAAAAAUCGUACCAAGUCACAUCAAGGCAGGUCUGUGCUAUGGAGAGGUGGAUAUUUUACAAAAUAUGGACUGCAUAAUGUUUAUGUUGUUUGCACUGGUGAAUUAAUAUGUAAUUCACAACCUUAACUUGCAUGUAGCCAUCAUUAAAAAUUACAAGAGGGUAGUAGUGGCUGAUGUUUUUUUUACGUGCACUUUAAUAAUAGAAAAUGGAUGGGAAGAUUAUCUUAGAAAUGUCUUUCAGUUUAAAAAAUAAAUACAGGCAGGUGAUUUAAUUUAAAGCUGACAAAUAUUGAAUAUUUUAACUUUGAAAUCACUAAACUCUUAAAAACUUCUGCUAAAGCUGCACUAAUUUUGAAAUCUGUUUCUUUAAAAAUGUGUUGUUUCUUUUUUUUUUUUUUUUUGAAGCCAUUUACUAGCUGCAGGUUUUACCUCUUAGUUGUAGCUCAAACCUGGCUUUUCAAAUAUUUCUUUAGUCUUGAGAACAUGAGGAAUGAUGCAUCAUGAACCAGGUCGGGGGCCUUGACGUACAGCUAAUGUGAGAGCACUGGGAAAAUCCAGGCUUUGAAUUGCAGCUCUUAAGGCUGUAAUUCUAUCAGUCCUGACGCUGUGGCAUUGAAGAAACAUUUCAUUUCUUAUACCUGUCUGUUUGUUCUUUUUUUUAUUUGUUUAUACUUAAGAGUUACAGUACAAAUCUCAGAGUUUAUUGUUCCAUUAUGUUAGAAAGUCUGCAAGGAUAUGUAGAGAAUAAUUUUUUUUUUUAAAUGUCAACACAACCCUCUCAGUCAAGGCCUGAGGUUUGGAAUUUUUUACAAUACAGAUGAAGGGUUCUGGUAGGUUAUGCUGAAUCCAUGUACUGGCAUAUGUUCAACAGUUGGCAAAGCGAUGCUGCCAUCCUAAUGGUUCCUAACAGAUGCCAAGGCAGCCUUGAAGCUCUCGAUUGAUGGGGGAGAUCAUGAAACAGAACUGAUAAAUAAAAGACAUUGCAGUGGAAGCAAAACUUAUCGGCUCUGCCUUUGUAACUGAAAGCUUAGAAAUGAAACCCUUUGUUUAACAUCUAAAAUAAAUAUUUCAGUCUUUCAAACUUUCAUAGCUUAUAUAUAUAUAUAUUUCAUUUUCACAGUCCGCCAAAUGUUUAUUCAAACACAAGACACUCCCAACCCAAACAGUCUCAAGUUCAUGCCGGGGGUCAAGGUUCUGGAAUCAGGAACAUUUGACUUCCCAAGUCCAAAAUCUGCCCAGUGUUCUCCUCUGGCAAAGUAAAUGAAAUAAUAAUUAUUACUGUGCUCCUUUAAUUAUUUUUAAAAAAAUUGUGUAUCUUCUUUUUGUUGUACAGUAUGCGCCAAAAGUAACAGUGCUGAAACUCCAGUAACAUUGACACGUACCCCUGUUAGUCAACAGAAGUGGAAGGGCAAAUAUGUUGGGUAGUUUUUGCUGGAAAUGGGUCUCUCAUAGUUGACCAUAAUUGUUGUUCAUAUGCAAGUAGUCGUAAAGGGGGGAAAUUUGAUUGUGCUGGAAGAGUACUGUGUCAACCAGUAAGUGUUUCAAUAACUGAGUAUCAUGCGCAUGUUUUCUAGCAGAUGCUGCAUUUGGCCCUUAAAAGUCUACAAGGAAUAUCCUUAAAAAUGUACAGCAGUGAUUUGUUCAUGAAUAUGUGACUAUGUGGCAGAUGGAGCUAUGCUCUAAUGACCUACAUUUGUACGCUGUCAAUAUGCAGGAGUUUCAGCACUAUUACUUUUGAGGCAUGCUAUAUUUGGUAUAAAAUUGAUGAAGAAAUGCAUGUUACAGAAUUUAAAUUCAUUAUUUCAAUGACUAAAAAUGGAAAAAAAUUUAAAAAAUUUGAUUCAAUUUAAUUUUACCUGAAGGUCCAUUUAAAUGAAACAUAAAAUGAAAUAAAUUAUGUUGCUCCUCAAGAUAAAAAUCUGACAUCGUGCAUGACAUUUUGAUAGAUUGCUUGAACUGUACAUUUCUUGCUUCUAUCAGUAGAUCAAUUAUCAAAUGUUUGCGAAGCAAACUAAUUAAAUAUUUAAAGUUACUAAUUGUUUGCUUUCUAGGAUGCUCUUCCGUAUUGAAGGUGUAAAAGGUGUAUUUUUGUCCAAAGAUGCUGUAACAAUCACUAAAGUAAGCAGCUGAAUAUUAUUUUGUUGAAACUUUUCUCAUGCUAUUUGUGUGCUCUUGUUUUUUCAAUCAUCAUUGAAUGUUUGCACACCAAAAAAAAAAGUCAACUCUUGAUGGUACCGUAACUUAGGACCUCUGGUAGAAUAUGCAAAUAUGCAGCUAUGUGUCUACUAAAUUCCUGUUAUUGUAAUCAAUUUAUAUUUUGUUUUUAAGUACAGAUUUGGACAUUUGGUGUUUAAUUCCUACCUUAUCAGAGCAUGAAUCUUUGGUAGAAGUUUUAACAUAAUGUUUGGAGGAGAGACACAUUUCCACAGUAUGCAUUGUGGGACAAUGCCCCAACUUAAGCUUGUUGAUCUAAGCUAACAUUUUUAAGUAUAGAGUAAUACCUCGUGAAUUCGUGUUUUGGGAUUCCUGAAUUUCCGAAUUCUUGAAAUUUUCAUUGGAACCUAAUUGAUUUUGCAUUUGCUGUUUCUUUCACAGAUUUGUAAAAUCUUUGUAAAAACCUUGCUGAUAGUUUUGUUUGAUCUGUAGGAAAUUUGUUUUUCAUGGAAAUUGUAUUGUUUUUUUGGGGGGAAAGUUAAAGACAUUCAGGAAAUCAGAUAAGAAGUUCCUUAGAAAGAAUGUUGCUUUCCUAUUUUUUAAUGUUAAUGUAUUUAGCUAACUUUCAAAUGGAAAGUCCUUUGAGAGCAUGAUUUGGGUCAUUUUUAGGAGUUAAACACUAGAAAUUAGCAUUUAUAAGCAUUUUUCUCAAUGUCUCCUGGUCCACGAGGGGUUCUAGAACCUAACCUCUCGAGUGUUGGAGGUAUUACUGUAAUAAUUUUUAUGGAGUUUGAAAACACUACAAUUAAAGUAUUACAAAUCAAAUUUUAUUUACUGUUCACUAAUUAGAAGAUAUCCAAUUUCAAUAAUGAAAAUUGUUAUCUACCGUGUCAAUAUAUUCCAUUUGACUUAAUUUAGGCUGAUGAUGACAUAGACUGGAAUAUCAUCAAGCCAGAAAUAUUUGCUGUAAUAAUGGAUUUCUUCGCUAGUGGUCUCCCUGUUUUGACAGAUGAGAAGAAGCCCUCCGGAGAAACAGGUAGUUCCACUACUAAGAUGCCUCUUUUAAAUUACUAGUAAUUAUUUACUUGAAUACAUUAGGUAUUUCUUUUAAAAUUAUUCUAUAGCUUAAGUCAAGGUGCAGCAGAUUUUAAAAAUGUUUUACAAAAAUAAUUGACCUUUUGAUUGCUGACUAAAGACAUUUUUAAAUAGCUAGCCUUACCCAGUAUAGUGAUGUUACCUAGUAUAGUGGUGUUACCCAGCAUAGUGGUGUUACCCAGUAUAGUGGUGUUACCCAGUAUAUUGGCUUGUUACCCAGUAUAGUGGUGUUACCCAGUAUAGUGGUGUUACCCAGCAUAGUGGUGUUACCCAGUAUAGUGGUGUUACCCAGUAUAGUGGUGUUAUCCAGUAUAGUGGUGUUAUCCAGUAUAGUGGUGUUACCCAGUAUAUUGGCAUUACCCAGUAUAUUGGCGUUACCCAGUAUAGUGGUGUUACCCAGUAUAUUGGCUUGUUACCCAGCAUAGUGGUGUUAUCCAGCAUAGUGGUUUUACCCAACAUAGUGGUGUUACCCAGUAUAGUGGUGUUACCCAGUAUAGUGGUGUUACCCAACAUAGUGGUGUUACCCAGUAUAGUGGUGUUACCCAGUAUAGUGGUGUUACCCAACAUAGUGGUGUUACCCAGCAUAGUGGUGUUACCCAGUAUAGUGGUGUUACCCAGCAUAGUGGUAUUACCCAGUAUAGUGGUGUUACCCAACAUAGUGGUGUUACCCAGUAUAGUGGUGUUACCCAGUACAGAGAUGUUACCAAUUAUUAAAAGUCACAAAGUAUAAUAAAUGGUUAUCAAUUUUCUUAGAAGUUAAAAGAUCAAAUUGCUUUGACAGAAUAUUGUCUAAUUUGAGACACCCCCACCGGCCCCCACCCCCCUUUAAAAAAAAAUCCCACUUGGUGGCACAGUAGUAAAUCCCUUUCUUUGAUUGAAAUCUGUCGCCCAGUAAUCAAUGAAGAAGAUGAUGAAACUGUCGCCUUGAUCAAAGAAUUAUUGGAUACCAGGAUCAGGCCCACAGUACAGGAAGAUGGAGGAGAUAUUGUCUACAUGGUGAGUAGGCUGCACAGAAGAGUUCAAUUAAAAAAAUUCAUUGCUUCUGUUAAGUUUAGUCUUCAAAGCGCUAUUCAAAUCUCAUCUUGCUCAUAUAAUUAAAAUUUAUUAAACUUAAAAUUUCUUUGCUGUCAUCAUCCUUUUUCUAGAGUUUAAUAAUAUCAAGCAUUACAAUUUUUUAGUAUUUCGUAAAAAGUUUAACAAUAUUCCAGGGUUUUGAGAAAGGUGUCGUCAAGCUGAAAAUGCAGGGUUCCUGCAGCAGCUGCCCCAGUUCGAUUGUAACCCUGAAACAUGGUGUCCAAAACAUGCUACAGUUUUAUAUUCCUGAAGUGCAGGCCGUAGAACAGGUCAGUAUUUUCUUUGAUUUGUUUUUUCAUAGCGCAAAGAUAUUAUUUUUCAAUUGUCUGAAAUUGCCUUAACUUUACCUUGACUAGAAUUGCAUGGAAGAAAAAAAAGUAGGAAAUAUUUCACAAAUCCACAAAUUUGUGAAAUAUAUGUUGAAACUUUCUUAAUUAACCAGAUUAAACUUUAAAAAUUAAUUAAAGUGUCAGCUUAAUUUGUAUUUCCUUCUUUCCUUGAAAAUGACAGUUUUGAAUAUGGUAAGGUGAGUGGCGCUAAAUGAUGAAUUUAUUUUAUAAGAGGACAAUUUCAAUAAAAUGAGUUAGAAUUAGCUUGAAAUUUGUGUAUCUACAGGUCACAGAUGAGGUUGAUGCCAUUUCAGAAAAAGAAUUUCAAAAGGUUGAAGAAAAACUAAAUAAGAAGACAUAAAAUUCAGUUAAGUAGUUACUGAGAGAAAAUUUGAUAUUUUUGAGGCUCUUGCCUUUGCCAUGUUACAAAAUAGUAGCAAGUAAAGCUGAAAGACUUUUGUGAUUUGUGCUCAUUGUGUACUGGGUGAGGAGGGGGCGAAAUCUCCAGGAUAAACCACAGCAAAAGUAUUGUGCGGAUUGAAUGUGCCCAUGUCUUUGUAAUGAAUACAAAUACAAUUGUUCAUGUAUAUAAACAAAUCUGUGUGAUGAAUAUGAAAAGGAAAUAAACUAAAUUAAAUCCUUUUAAAUUACUUUCAUAGUUAUCCAUUUGAAUAGUUCUAAAUAUAUUUGUUUUCUUUAACCCAUUGCCAUUGGAUAGUAAACAAUAAUAUAUACAAAUGCCAUUUGAGAAUAUUUUUUUUAAAGUUUCUCUGAAUAUUCAAGGAAACAAAAUAAACUUGUUGAAGAAAUCUUUAAGAAUAAAAUGUUUAAGAGAAUGUUGACAUUUAGUCAAAUUAAAAACUUCCAAGACAUGAUUCUAUCACCUUCUGUCAAGACAUUGACAUUACAUUACAUAUUACAUUUUCAAUACUUACCCAGAUGUAUUAAGUAACUGUUUACUUAGGAAUUUUUUUUCAAUGUAAAUAAUUGCUCAUCAUCUCCGAAUCCCCAAUCAACAUAUUGUUUGGAAAAAAAUUCUGGUGUGGCAGUUUGUUACAAAUUAGUAAGAUUUUAAGUGAAUGAUAAGUUUUAUUUUAAUGGUGUUGAGUUCCUACUGAAUAUCUCCUUAAACGUGUGUUCCAUUAUGACAUCAUUUAAUGACUACGGACAUCGUGGACAUCAUUAAAUGAUUACAAGUAACUAGUUUAAAUUUAUUAUGUUUAUUGUCACAAUUUCAUUAUUUGCUUGGUCAAAUAAAACAAUGUAUGAUU